AUGGAAGAGACCCGGAAACCCAAACCGAUCCUCACGCCUCACGACGAUUUCAAGACCAACGGGUUUUGGAAUGAGCCCAUGCGUCAAUGCAGUAGCAUUUCGUUCCAGGUUUCGGACACCAAACAUCGUGGGUCCCUGAGCACGGACCCAUCGCAGAUCGACCUCUCCAACACCAAGGCAGCAGCUAUGAUGAUGCCAAUACCUUCUGUUCGGCCCGUUGACCCGAUGUUGCCUUUUACCCAAUAUCUGCAGAAGAAGGACGACGACAAGUUGCACAUUUUGAUCGGAGCCACUGGUUCUGUGGCUACGAUAAAAAUUCCCCAGAUGAUCGAUAAGAUCUUCCAGGUUUACGGCCACGACAAAGUGAGUGUGCAACUGGUGUUGACACCGAUGGCGGAAUUCUUCAUCCGGGGGUUGAGAAUCCCGAAGAAUGUCAAGGUCUGGCGUGAGGUGGAGGAAUGGUCUAGUCCUAUGACCAAACCAGGUGACCCUAUACUACACGUGGAAUUGAGAAAAUGGGCUGAUAUUUUCCUUGUGGCCCCGUUAUCGGCCAAUACACUUGCUAAGAUGGCCAAUGGUCUUUGCGACAACCUGCUAACGUCUCUAAUAAGGGCCUGGAACCCGGUGGCCCCGAUCCUGGUGGCUCCUGCUAUGAACACUUUCAUGUAUACGAACCCGAUGACUGCCAAACACCUGCAGAUUUUGAAGGACGAGUUCAAGCACGUGACUGUACUGAAGCCGGUAGAGAAGGUACUUGUCUGCGGCGAUAUUGGAAUGGGUGGAAUGAGAGAAUGGUCGGAUAUCGUGGAUAUCCUGGUUGAUAGGUUGGCCGAGAUGAAAGCUAAGGAGGGGGAGAAGAGAGAAGAUAGUGAUUGA